AUGGCGGCCUCCCUCGCGAGGAUCAUGGCCAAUAUUGGCGGACCGGGCGAGCGAAGACGCCGAACGUAUGCGUCGGUGGUUAUGUCGGUCGUCAUGUACGGCGCCCCGAUCUGGGCGCAGACGGCGGCUGUGGACCGUGGCAUUGUUAAGGGGGUGGAGAGGCUGCAGAGGCAGCUCGCCCUAAGAGUGAUCAGGGGGUAUCGCACCAUCUCUGGUGUCGCUGCGGCCAUCCUCUCGGGGAUGGUCCCUUUCGAUCUUGCCGCGGACCGUCUGCGAAGGUCUUAUCUCCGUAGACGGGAGAUUAUCACUAGGGAUGGUGCGGUGGCCCCUGGCGCGAGCGCGGCCCUACUCGAAUUUGAGCGUCGAAGGGCGAUCUCGAGAUGGGGCAGGCGGCUGGAGGAGCUGCCCCCAGGCGGGCCGGGCGCCAUUAUACGAGAGGCCAUUGGCGAUGAUUUGGAGGCGUGGACGGGGAGGGCGCAAGGCGCCCUCACUUACCGCGUAACACAGGUGAUGGCGGGACACGGGGUGUUCGAGUCCUAUCUUUAUAGGAUAGGACGAAGGGACACCCCGAUAUACCUGUUCUGUCGCGCGGCUAAUGAUACGGCGGGGCACACUCUUUUGUUUUGCCCGGCUUGGGCGGAGCAGAGGGGUGCCCUGCUGGAGAUAAUAGGGAUAGAUAGGACCCUUAGAGCGGUGGUGAGGGCUAUUGUGCGCUCCCCUGAAGCAUGGAGAGUAUUCGCGAGUCUCUGCGAAGAGGUAAUGAGGAGAAAGGAGGAGGACGAGCGGGCACGUGAGCGGGAGCGACUUAAUCGACCCGAGGGAGUGCCGGUUCUCCCGGCCCUCCCCCUUCCUCCUCCUCCCAUAGACGAUAACUCCGACGAGGGGUAA